AUGCAAAACCUCAGACGAUCUCUUCAAAACAAGAGCAGCUCUGGCGGUCUCUCCUCCAAUCGUGCCCCCGCCGCCCUGGCCCCGCCCCGCAAGGUCAUUAAAGCCCUCUACGACUACAAUUCCCAGCAAAGUGAGGAGCUCUCCUUUAUCAAGGGUGACUUUUUCCAUGUGGUCGGCAAUGAGGACGACGAGGACUGGUAUGAGGCCUGUAAUCCUGUCACCGGGGCCCGCGGAUACGUCCCCGUCACCUACUUUCAAAUCCUGGAAAAGAACCAGCGGAACAGCAACCAGAGCCUCGAGGAUUCCGGAAAUGAUUCGGGAUCCUUCACAGAGCCCUCUCCUGCACAUGGCCAGGGGCAGCAGAACUACUAUCAGCAGCAGCAUCAGCAGCAGCAGCCUCAGGCGACGGUCGCGCCACCUGCUCCUCAAAAACCAAAAUGUCAACCGCUAUACGGCAUCGUGCUCUACGACUUUGGUGCCGAGAGACCCGAUGAGCUGGACGCCAAGGUCGGAGAUGCCAUUCUUGUUAUUGCUCAGUCAAACGAAGAGUGGUAUGUGGCAAAGCCCAUUGGAAGACUUGGUGGACCUGGGUUGAUCCCGGUGAGCUUUGUCGAGAUCAGGGAUAUGGCCACAGGGAAACCUAUUGAUGUUCAGGAGAUGCUUCGACAGACAGGGACAGUUAUCCCCCGUGUCGAGGAGUGGAAGAAACAGACGAUGGAGUACAAGGCCAACAGCAUCCCUCUGGAGCCUGCCGUGCGCAGGAACCCCUCUCAGGAUUUUGACUCUGGUAGACGCAUGUCGUCAAAUGGAAGACACACAGGAGCAGCAGCACCGGCAAGUCGAAACAAUGGAGACAUAUACGACGACGGCACCCAUUAUGACUCCGAUGCUCCGCUACUUGUUAAUGCAUCAGUCGACUCGUACCACCAUGAGGACGAUCAAUAUUGGUUCACAGUCCGGGUCGAGUAUGCCUCGGGAGUCUCACGGAAUCUCUACCGCCUAUACGAGGACUUUUACAGCUUUCACAUUGCGCUACUAGAAGAAUUCCCUGUUGAGUCUGGCAGAGUUGGUGGUCAGCCUCGGAUCCUUCCCUUCAUGCCAAUCCCGCUCGAGGCGGUCGAUGAUACUGUCACAGCUUCCCGCAGGGCAGACUUGGAUGGCUAUGUCAAGGACUUGUGCGCCCUUCCAGCAAGGAUCACGCAGCAUCCACUUGUGGAGCAACUGCUUGCACUGCGAGACGGUGACACCGAGAUACCUAUAGGCGGUGUAGGUAACGGUCCGGCAUCACCCUCAUCUGUUGGACGCUCAACACCCACUGGCAGCAUGUUCCACUCUGCUUCUUCAGCCCACUCUGGCGACCGACGCCCGUCGCCUUCAGGUCCUCGUGCCGUGUUUGUAGCCAAGGCACAGUCUGGAGGCUACCGCAGCUACUCGGACGACCCGCCUUCUGCAAAUGCAUCCCCUAGCUUGCGCUCUCAAUCCUCGUUUGCAACGCCCUCCGCCUUAAACCCAUCAGAAGAAAUGAUCAAAGUCAAGAUCUCGUAUCAGGAGGACAUCAUGGCCAUGAGGAUACCUGUUGCGAUUACCUUCCGCUCGCUCCAGCAAAAGAUCUUUGAGCGCUUGAACACUGAACACGGGGAAAUGAGUUAUCGCGACGACCGUGGCGACUUUGCAAGGAUCCAAGGCGAUGAGGACGUCCGCGAGGCAAUCGACAAUAGUGGCGGUAAGCUUAUGGUCUAUGUGGACUAG